AUCCUCGAGGAAACAUUUGUAGCUUCGCCGGAGAAGGAAAAAAGUGGAGGUGGGAAAGGAAUAAAGACUCGAAAUUUGUAAUCUAAUUGGGGGAGCAUGAUGAGCAUUACUAUCAACACAAUUUUAGGUAUGAGAAUCUUUCAUUCGGGUGCAAGGUCUCGUGUUUGAGUCUUUCUAAAUUUUAAUUGUAUCUACGUACGAUCCUAAUAUUUGUUCAAUGCCGGCUCUUUGACCCCUGUCGGCGGAGGAUGUUCUUCUUUUAAAGUUUUUCCUUCUCUUGACUCACAUUGCCACAAUUAGAGCUGAUAAGAGGUUAUAUUAUGGAUAAACCGAACUGAUCGAUUGGUUAGCCCACACUGAUAAGAGGUCAAAACAGUCAAUUCAAUCGAUAGUUGAGACGGUUAGCUGUAACUGCUAAUCGUGAACUUUUAACAGUUUCAAUUUUUUUUCGGGCUAACCGAUUAACCGGCAACCGAUUAUCAGCCAUAACGACACCGCACGAUUGAUCGAGAAGUUCCAGAUACGCCUCUGGUUAACCUCCGGUAAUUAUUUAUACUCAUGUCAGUUUCAUGUGGGCCUCCGGUAAGCCUCGGGGAUUGUUCACCUACGUUAUUUGGGCUUGGUGCUAGGCCCAUUUUCAAUUUUCAUUUCAGGUGUGAUUAUGGACAAAACCGAGUAACUUGUAGGCCCAUUUUCAAUUUUCAUUUCACGUGUAGCUGCGGGCAAAACCGAGUAACUUCCCAUCCCAGCCCGAUCCGAACUCCUCCACGGCUCCACCCUCUGGUUCAGCUUCAUCGGUUCUCAUACUAGAAUACGCAACUGAACUUCACUGGAGUCGACUUGGGAAGAGGAAGAAGAAGAAGCAGGAAGAUGAAAAUGGCGUCAAUCUGAAAGUUGAUCUCCCUCGCUUUUUCCCACGGAAUUGAUUUAGAAGUUCGCAUCUUUUCUUGUUUCCCACUCCGGAUCGGCCCUUCUAAUGGCGUCCCGGAUUGGCGGCUGCCGCCGUCCGUUUCUCCUUCUCUUCCUCCUCUCCCUCGCUUCCCAGACAGCUUUCUCGUGGAAGAAAGACGAGUUCCGAAACUGUAACCAGACCCCAUUCUGCAAGCGCGCUCGCUCCAGGAAACCCGGCGCUUGUACCCUAAUCGCCGAUCAAGUCUCCAUUUCCGAUGGCCUGCUCACCGCCAAGCUAAUCCCUAGGCCGAUUGCCAGUCAGGAAGAGGGUGAAGAAAAUCAACAGAUCGCCAAACCUCUGCUUCUCUCCGUCGCGAUUUACCAAGGUGGAAUCCUACGCCUGAAAAUUGAUGAAGACCCGGCCCUCGACCCGCCCAAGACCCGGUUCCAAGUUCCCGAGGUGGUCGUCUCCGAGUUUGACGAGACCAUGCUCUGGCUGUCUAGGGUGUCGACCGAGAUCCUCGACGGCGAUUCAGCUCCUUCCUCAGUCGUCUAUUUGUCAGACGGAUACGAAGCUGUUCUUCGACACGAUCCAUUUGAGCUUUUUGUGAGGGAGAAGUCAAGUAAGUCGCGUUUGGUUUCGUUGAAUUCUCAUCAGCUGUUCGAUUUCGAGGAAUUGAGGGUUAAGAAUGAAGGGGAAGAGUGGGAAGAGAGGUUUAAAGGUCAUACAGAUACCAGGCCUUAUGGUCCUCAGUCAAUCAGCUUCGAUGUAUCAUUUUACGGUGCUGAAUUUGUCUCUGGUUUGCCUGAGCAUGCUACGAGCUUAGCUCUGAAGCCAACUAAAGGCCCGGGAGUUGAUGAUUCCGAGCCUUACAGAUUGUUCAACUUGGACGUGUUUGAGUAUCUCCAAGAGUCGCCUUUUGGUCUCUAUGGAUCAAUCCCAUUGAUGAUUGCUCUUGGUAAAAGUGGGAAGAGCUCUGGGUUCUUCUGGUUGAACUCGGCUGAGAUGCAGAUCGAUGUGUUGGCCGAAGGAUGGAAUGCAGAUUCAGGACUAUCCCUUCCUUCUGAUCAGAAGAGAAUCGAUACAUUAUGGAUGAGUGAGGCAGGGAUAGUGGAUGCUUUCUUUUUCGCAGGCGCGGGUCCUAAGGACGUUGUGAGCCAAUACACAGCUGUGACUGGGAAGCCCGCAAUGCCACAACAUUUUGCCACAGCUUAUCAUCAAUGCAGAUGGAAUUACAGAGAUGAGGAGGAUGUGGAGAAUGUGGAUGCCAAGUUUGAUGAGCAUGAUAUUCCUUACGACGUUCUGUGGCUGGAUAUCGAGCAUACGGAUGGUAAGAGGUACAUGACAUGGGAUUCGGUUAUGUUCCCGCAUCCCGAGGAGAUGCAGAAGAAAUUGGCAGCCAAAGGAAGGCACAUGGUGACCAUUGUUGAUCCUCAUAUUAAGCGGGAUGAUAAUUAUUAUAUACACAAGGAGGCUUCAGAGAAAGGGUAUUAUGUGAAGGAUUCGAGUGGAAAGGACUUUGAUGGGUGGUGUUGGCCUGGGUCAUCUUCUUACUUAGAUGUGUUGAGUCCUGAAGUGAGGUCGUGGUUCAGUGACAAGUUUGGGUUUGAUAGCUAUAAGGGUUCAACUCCGUCGCUGUAUAUUUGGAAUGAUAUGAACGAGCCUUCCGUGUUCAAUGGCCCAGAGAUUUCAAUGCCAAGGGACGCUUUACAUUUUGGGGGAGUGGAGCAUCGGGAAUUACAUAAUGCCUAUGGCUACUUCUACCAUAUGGCAACCUCAAAUGGCCUUGUCAAGCGUGGAGAUGGAAAAGACAGGCCGUUUGUUCUGUCUAGAGCAUUCUUUGCUGGAACUCAGAGGUUUGGAUCUGUCUGGACAGGGGAUAACACGGCAGAUUGGGAUCACUUGAGAGCAUCUGUUCCGAUGAUUUUGACCCUUGGUUUGUCCGGAAUAUCAUUCUCGGGUGCCGACGUUGGAGGGUUCUUUGGAAAUCCGGAGCCAGAGUUACUAGUACGGUGGUAUCAACUUGGUGCUUUCUACCCUUUCUUUAGGGCCCAUGCUCAUCAGGACACGAAAAGGCGUGAGCCUUGGUUAUUUGGAGAGCGAAAUACGAAGCUCAUAAGACAAGCCAUACAUGUCCGUUACAUGCUGCUUCCAUAUUUUUACACGGUGUUCCGUGAGUCAAACACUACUGGUCUCCCCAUUAUGCGUCCUCUCUGGAUGGAGUUCCCUUCCGAUGAGGCUACCUUUAACAAUGACGAAGCUUUCAUGGUUGGAAGCAGCCUCUUGGUCCAAGGGAUUUAUACAGAGCGAGCGAAACACGUUUCAGUUUACCUACCUGGGAAAGAACUAUGGUACGACCUCUUGAGCGGAAGUCAGUACAAGGGGUCUCAAACUCACAAGCUAGUGGCCUUGGAAGAUCGAAUUCCUGCAUUCCAAAGGGCUGGGACUAUCAUACCCAGGAAAGAUCGUUAUCGUCGGAGCUCCACACAGAUGGUCAAUGAUCCUUACACUCUGGUGAUAGCUCUGAACAGUUCUCGAGCAGCUGAAGGGGAGCUCUACAUUGACGAUGGGAAGAGCUUCGAGUUCCUGCAAGGAGCCUACAUCCACCGACGAUUCGUUUUCUCGAAUGGAAAGCUCACAUCUCUAGACCUGACCCCUAACAACAAGUCGUCGAAAUUCACCUCACAAACCGUCAUCGAAAGAAUCAUACUCCUGGGAUACUCUCCUGGACCGAAGAACGCCCUGAUCAAACCCAGGAAUGAGAAGGUUGAGGUGGGACUUGGGCCACUCGUGCUUGAAACCGGCCUUGGAUCUUCUUCCUUGGUUGUAACCAUUCGGAAGCCAAGUCUCCCGGUGGACAAGGACUGGACUGUAGAACUCGUGUGAGAGCUGACAUCUUCAUGCAUGAAAAGAGACCAGAAACUGAAAGAAGGCGAAGAAAGAAUCUCUCCAAGUUGCUGAAUGGAAAUUUUUGUGUAAUGUAACUAUCCUUGUUCUCCCUUUCCCUUUUUGAGGGAUACGAGAAGAAAAAAAGGACCCAAUUUUCAGCAACACUUGUUCUACUUAGAAGCAUGAGCAUACAGAUUCAAGUUUCAGAGAGCUCUAAGAUUGAAUCAUCAGACAGUAGAUGAGUUUUGACUCGCAGGACAUUUCUCUCUUGUAUGUCAUCCUGGAGGUGUAGCUCUCCCAUCCCAUACUGUUCAUUUUAGGUACCAAAAGUUGAACUGAAGUCUUCCAUCUGGUUUUCUACCAAUUUGAUCCCAAAGUGAACUCAACCAAAGAAACUAACAGAUAAAGUCACAUGAACUGG